GAUUAUCUGGUCGCGGGAACGGCGGAGCUGAAGCAGGAGGAUGCCGGACACGCUGGAGCGUCGAAGGAUGACCGGACUUUGAAGGAGGGUGUUGUGGCGAAGAUAGCUGAAGAUCCAAAGAACAGUCACAAUGGGGUCACCCCUAUGAUGGUGAUGAACGGAGUCAAUUCGUCUGUAGCUCAGGUCGCCGAAGCCACUACAACUGAAGCGCGACCUCCGGACGCACAACCGUCGAAUCCUCCUUCCCAGGAACAGGAUGACGGGAAGCCGCAACCAUUUCAGUCAUCAGAUGGGCCCGCCGACCAGAGCGCACAAGCGCAACGAGAGCGUAAGACCUCUCGGGCGAGUGUCCAAGGCAACAGCACAUCGUGGUGGGAGUACGUUGGAUGGGGUGCCAAUGCACAGUCUGUUCAGGAAGAGUCCUUGCAGACAGAAGCUCCAAUUGCAGAGGAGCCAUCUUCUAAUCAACCCACCACAGAGACGCCACCCCAAUUACCCAUUCAGGACGAUAGAAUGUCAUCACCGUCACCACACGCAGACAAAGUGGAGCUUCACGUCCAGACCGAGCAUCCGCCGGAAGCACAGAAAAAGCCCGAGAGCCCGUCAAGUCCAAACAAGCCAGCAUCCGUAUUCUCUGCACAGACGGCUAAGAGCCACGGCUCUGCAUGGUACUCUCCGUGGACGUGGUAUGCUACAUCGCCGAUUGCAGGCUGGGCGAGCGGCCAUGCUUCGAGAAGUACGAUCGAGGAGGAUUUCGCAAGCGAGCUGGCCAAGACAGAGUCGGAGCUGGUCAAGGAGCGCGCUCUCGCCCGAGAGGCAGCACAGGAGGAGGAAGAAGAGGAAGGGACUCCAACUCAACCUGUGGAGAUGGGCCCGCCCGCGUCCCCGCCUCCCGAGGCUCAGAACCCCAUCUCGUCAUCAAUUAACAGCACUCGCUCGGGCUGGGUGUCCUUCUUCAUGUCGCGCUCGUUGAUAACCAAAUCAAUCGCCGAGGAUGGGAGCGAGCGUGAUCAGAAUGGAAUGGAGGUAAUGGACAUUGAAGAGGGGGAGGAAAAUAGGCACGAGGGCUCGUCAAGUGCCAUCGAGAUAACAGCCAAGAGAACAGUUAUCCGAGAGCAGAUGCAGCCGUCCCCGCCAUCGACGUCCUCGCUCCCCGCUGCGAGGCGGGAGCACAAGAGAUCGCUCCAGGCUGUUAAGCAGGCAAACGCGCGCACACCAUCCCCCGCGCCGUCGAAGGCAUCAAACCACUCCGUUACGGCUUCCCGCCCCCCUUCGCCUCCGAAUCUUAUCCUACCGACGUGGGAAGAUAUAUUGUUCUCUCCACCACGCUCCAUUAUCCCGCCCAAGCCACAAGUUGGAAAGUCGAAAUUGUCCAAGACGAUCGCCUUGGUAAGCGACGUGCUGUUUCACAAAGACGGACAGGGAGGGGGCAAGAGCAAAGUGACGAGCAAAGGUAAAGAGAAGGCGAAUGCGCAGGAGGGAGAAGCACAAUACCUGCACUUUGGUAAGGAGCUGCCGAAGGCCUUGGCAGCGGUGGGCGAGGAGCUGAAUCCGUAUCUGCUGAGUGGUGGAUGCAGAGUGGUGGUCAUCGGAGUUGCUGGAUGGGCGCCUGGUCCGGUGACCAGAACUUUGGCCGGUGGUCUACCGUCUUCCAGCACGAAAUUUGUUGACAUGGCCUGUCAAGCGCUAUGGCAAUUUGAAGCGGAGCAUGGCUUUAAAUUCAAGAAGAUCACCAAGAUACCGCUGGAAGGCGAUGGGACAAUCGAACGGAAGGUUUCAAGGGUCCAUGAGCAUCUCCUUAGUGACGAAGACUGGAUGGAAGAUUUGCACGCGGCCGACGUCAUCUUCGUGGCGAGCCACUCCCAAGGAUGCAUCGUUGCGACGCAUCUCAUCGAUAGGCUCAUCAGUGAUGGUCAUAUCCUCACGUCACGAAGUGUAGAUAAUCUCACGAAGACGGCAGCAACGAUUGCACCGGGUGGAUCGUCGCUCUCAUCGGUCCAAGCGCAGAGAAUAGGCUUCCUUGCGCUUUGCGGUAUCCAUCUUGGGCCGUUGCGGUACCUAGGCACAAGCUCGUUCCUACAGCAGUACAUUCAGUACGUUGAAAAUCCAGCUGCGCGGGAGUUGUUCGAAUUCCAGAACACCGAAACGCGUCUCUCCAAGAACUACGUCAAGGCUCUGCGUAAUGUGAUGGAUCAUGGUACAAAGAUGGUAUACGUAGCUUCUUUGAACGAUCAGGUGGUUCCAAUCUACUCCGGUCUCUUCACUGCCGCUUCGCAUCCUCGGAUUUUGCGCGCUCUAUAUAUCGAUGGCGAUGCAUACCAUUCAUCAGAUUUUCUGUCCAAUCUCCUGGUUCUGCUCAUCAGAAUCAUGGACGCUGGACUUUCUGAUGGUGGACUUCUGGUCCAUCUGUCAGAAGCGACGGCUGGCACGCUGAGCGGCGUCGGUCAUUCCACAGUGUACGAAGAGCGCGCUACAUUCUCGCUUGCAGUUAAGUACUUCUUCCUAACGACAGAUGGAGAUGAUGCCGGCAAGGAACUCGUCGUGGAGCCAUUCAACGCUGUGGUUGAGCAGAACGAUUAUGAGAUUCCUUGGUCCCUUCGCGAUAUGAUCGCUGACGAACGAGUGGCUCAUUUCUUUGCGCGCGAUUUCGCCAGGCUCCGAGAUGCGUUUGACGAUUGGCAACCGAAGACCACCAUAUUGCGCGAUGUCAAGAAGAAAUUGCAGCCCAUUCAGCGACUUACAACAUUCACCAGUUCGACAACCAGCAAGUUAUGACUUUCCAUGGAUAGACUAUAGUAAUUUAGCAACUCAUAUACCCUGCCGUGCACGGGGUUUUCGCCUCUGCGACAGUGGACUCGCUUGCGCAUCAUUGUUGUACUAUAGUUUCGUACCAUUGACGCUGACAUAGAUUAUAAAAAUGCCUAGUUGACAUGCGAGACAUCUACAAACUAAUAUCGAGAAUGAAGUUGUCGUUGCGGUCGGAAUCAAAGCUAAUUGAGUCCUGUUGAUGCUACGCCCAUUACAAUGAAACCGAGUAGCGCUCUAUAUUCA